UUUACCGCCCUCUUCUUAUUCCUUCGCCAGCCACUACUUCCGUCGGUCGUGUGCUGCGUGUCCGGACGCACGCAGACGAUUCCCUAUCGCCAGUCGAGCUCCUUUGAGGCCAGCAGGAACUGCAGGAGAUCUCGAUAGCGCUGCCUGCCACCAAGUCAACUACCCAGUCCUCUUACUUCCCAUAAUCAACCCCCUCCGAAACUCGACCCGUACACUUUGAGACGUAGAAUAAUCCGUGGCCAUGUCUUCCAACCACAUUGCUGCCAACCGCAACAGCACUCCCGAGGGCUCCAGCUCCCUUCGCCCACCCAACACGCGCAACACCAUCGGCGGCGGCCACCAUCUUCGCGCCUCGGCUGAUAUGGGAGGCUUCUCGUCUCCCCUGGCCAACCGUGGCAUCCGUCCGGCCUCGGAGGUGUAUUUUGGACGAAACAACACGAAUUCCGGCAAUCCCGAUGAGAUGGAGCGGGCAGCCCAGCAAUGGCUUGCUGACAUUGACCAAUACGAAACCACGCUCGAGGAAAUGGCCACCGCCACGCUCGACCAGGACUUCAAGGACGAGUUGAGCGCCAUCGAGCAGUGGUUCCGCGUGCUCAGCGAGGCCGAGAGAACGGCCGCCCUCUAUGCUCUGCUCCAGCAGACGACCCAGGUGCAGAUUCGCUUCUUCAUCCAGGUCCUGCAGCAGAUGUCCAAGAAUCUGCCCAUGUCGGGAGUCUUGUCUCCCGCCAACUUUGGAGAGAAGGAUCCUAUGACCCAGAAGUUGAGCGACGCCAUGAGCAAGCUCAGCACUGGAGAUCGCAACUCCAUUGCCCUUGGCCGCCCUCCGCCAUCGCCUGGCGCGAAGCGCAACUCUGGUCUCGAUACCUCGACCAUCCACCGCAUGUUCCCCGAUGCCGCUGCCGCCAUUGCAAAGCAAAAGGCCGAGUUCACCGACAUCGUUGGCGUUGCUCCCGCCUCGAACCGUAAUAGCACGGUUGGAGAUCGCUCGUCCCUCGCCGCUCCCACCAUUUCUGCCCCUGAGGAGAGCAACCGGAAGGACAACCAGCCCCCUGCGUCGCCGUGGGGUGAAGGCCAACAACGGCCCAAGUCGUCCGGCCAGCCCCAGCCCAUGGGCCAGUUCUCCCAGCCUCCACCAUCUGCAGGGCUUCGCUCACCCCGACUCCCGCUUUCCAACGACGAGACUGGAAAUGUCCAGAGCACGACCCUGAACGCGCCCUCGCAGAAUCUUGGCAGCAUGCCGUUGCUGUCGCCUUCGUAUGCUCCCGGAGGAAGCUGGGCAUCGCAGUUGAGCACCCCUAUGGUAUCCAACUUCAACACUCAGGCGGCUGCCUCCCAAGCGGACAUGGUUGCAAAUGCCACGGCUAUGAAGUUGGCUGCCUUGUCCACAGUCAACAACCGGAUCACCCUGGAUGACGCCCGCAAGUACCGUCGUGCUCGCUCCACAGAGGGCCAGGGAGCUGGAAAUGCUCCGCUGUCCCCUGGUCUCCUCGCUCCCGGAAUUCCCAAUGCCAACUUCCUCAUGACGAAUGAGCUUGGCCAGGUGUUGACGCCUCAGCAGGCCGCUGCUCUUCAGUCCCAACAGCUGGCGGCCAUUCAUGGACGACGCUCCCGCCCGAAUUCCCCUGGUCUCGCCAUGCAGGCCGGAGCUAUGGGUGCAUUGAACUUUGCGUCGCCUCAGAACAACGGAUUCUUGGCUGCUGACUAUGGUUCCUCCCCUCUGGUCAACAAUGGUCUAGCCGGCCUCAACCUCGCCCAGUUCGGCAUUGGCCUUGACGGCCACCCUGGCUACAUAUCCGAUCAUUCCGAAAUCAACCGUGGGCGCUCUCCCCGUGGCCGUCGCGGAAGCUCCAAGCCUCCGGAGGACCCGACCGACCCCACUCUACUGCAAGACAUCCCAAGCUGGCUUAGGAGUCUCCGCCUGCACAAAUACACCGAUAACCUGAAAGAUCUGAAGUGGCAAGAGCUGAUUGAGCUGGAUGACGAGGGCCUGGAGAAGCGGGGUGUCAAUGCUCUUGGUGCACGCAGGAAGAUGCUGAAGGUCUUUGAACAGGUCAAGGAGGCCAAAGAAAGCGGCAAGCUUCGGUAAACCUCCGGUAUGGAGGUCCAGACGCCUUGCCGGAAAUAACACGACGAUACAACUGCUUUGUCCGGCCGCAGCAACUAUGACAUGGUAUCAGGUCAUAUCAUGUCGAUGGUACAGCUCUCGAAAACGUCUAUCCAGCAUAAUGAUUGAGCGAGCAAGCAAGCAGUAUCAUUUAGUAGCGAGCAAGAGCGAGUGCUUUUUCAUGUAGCGUAUGGGUUUAACAGCUCCUUUUUUUGGGAUUUUCUAUUUGCAUGGAAAGUGUGGGGUUUUAAGAGUGAGUAAUGCAUAUACAUAUAUGGUUUUAUGAUAUAUGCUGCUGGAAUUUGACGUUUCUUCUUUUUCCCAUGCUGUUUCUGCGCGCUGAAGGUUCGUUUUGGCAUGGCGAGGGAGGGAUUUGGGUGGGGAGCAGGUAGCUAGCGGAGAGAGUAAUGAGAAUUGAUGAAGU